AUGGCUUUUCAAUUUAAUUUUUCUAUUGAUGAAUAUGACAACAAUGAAGCAGACACUCACGAUAAAACGGACGUACAGCUGCACUCUCCAAAACACAAGCAGGAAUCCACAGAAAAAAGUAGGCAAGCUGCUGACACUGUUGGUGACUCCAGCCCGAGGCUGGGUACAAAUAAUUUCCAAGAUGAGAAACCAUCACAGAAAAAUUUGUGCUUUAAAGCUGCCAAGGAGCAUGACAUACCUGAAGAUCUCAACAAAGUAUUGGAAAAUAAAGUCAUGAAAACAGUAUCAGGCCUGUAUUACAGAAACAUGUCUAUAGUGGAAAUGACAUGCUUGGGUGAUGCUGACAAAGAAGGCAUUGUGUCUAAAAGUGUUUCUUCUCAUUCUGAUCUGAUCCCAGGAGUCUAUGAGGGAGGACUGAAAAUUUGGGAAUGCACCUUUGAUCUCAUAGACUACUUUUCCGAGGCUGAAAUACAAUUCACCAACAAGACUGUAUUGGAUCUUGGCUGUGGGGCUGGUCUGCUGGGAAUAGUCGCUUUAAGGGGUAAAGCUAAAAAAGUCCAUUUUCAGGACUAUAACAGCACAGUGAUUGACGAAAUAACUUUGCCUAAUGCAGUGGCUAACUGCGUAAGGACAGGCAGUGGAGGUGACACUAAAACUAGCCAGCCUCCUUCAAAGAGGCCCAAGAAAGCAGAGCACCCACCCAACAUGCUCACAAGAUGCAGAUUUUUUUCAGGAGAGUGGUCUGAAGUCAGCCGGCUCCUGUUAAGCAGCAACAAACCCUUUUCAAAGUAUGAUAUAAUACUCACAUCUGAGACUAUCUAUAAUCCUGACUACUACGAUGCUUUGCAUGACACACUAGCUCAGCUCUUGGAUAAAAAUGGCCGUGUGUAUUUGGCAAGCAAAGUACAUUAUUUUGGGGUUGGUGGUGGUAUUCCCCUCUUCGAGAACUUAAUUGAAGAGAGAAAUGUGUUUAGGACCAGCAUAGUUAAAACAACAGAUAAAGGACUGCAGCGGUGUAUUGUGGAAAUGGCUUUUAAAGAUUCCAGUUAA